ACCGCGGAGGCUUGUCUGUGCAAAUCCGAGACUGGUCGUUCGUUCAGUGUAUAUUCUGGUCGUUAUGGCGGAGGGACGUGGAGAGCUACCGCCUCAGCCGCCGCUUCAUCUCUCUUUACCCCCGGCAAGCAAGCGACCGUGCUUGCGCCCGGCUCCUCGAGGUCCUGGUCCGGGGCCUGGACAUGGUUUUUCUAACUCCCGCUAUCGUAGCCCGGAAUCUCUGUUGGACUGCGCUGCAAAAGCCGUAGCGGAGAAAUGGGCCUUCGAGAGGGUGGAGGAGCGCUUCGAACGGAUCCCAGAGCCUGUACAGCGCCGCAUAGUAUACUGGUCCUUUCCGAGGAACGAAAGGGAAAUAUGUAUGUAUUCAUCGUUUCAGUGCCGUGUUGCCGGCGAGGAAGGUCCGGCGGCAGGCGCAGGAGCCCCCGCUGGAUCUGGGUCUACCCCCGGAGGAGUUCCCAGCAGUACGACGGGUACCACAGGGACAGGGGGCACAGGAGAUGGACUGCCUUUCCGUAGGGGCAUCCGGCUUUUGGAGACCGGUUGUGUAGAGAAUGUAUUACAAGUCGGGUUCCACCUGAGUGGCACGGUGACAGAGCCGGCCUCGCCCUCAGACCCGGAGGUCACCCACCGCGUGGCCAUCAGCUUCGACCGCUGCAAGAUCACCUCGGUCACCUGCGGCUGCGGCAACCGCGACAUCUUCUACUGCGCCCACGUGGUGGCGCUGUCCCUCUACCGCAUCCGCAAGCCCGAGCAGGUCAAACUGCGGCUGCCCAUCUCCGAGACCCUGUUCCAGAUGAACCGCGACCAGCUCCAGAAGCUGGUCCAGUACCUGAUCACCGCCCACCACACGGAGGUGCUGCCCACUGCCCAGAAACUGGCGGACGAGAUCCUCUCGUCCAACUCCCAGAUCAACCAGGUUCACGGUGCCCCGGACCCCACGGCGGGCGCCAGCAUCGACGAUGAUAACUGCUGGCACCUGGACGAGGACCAGGUCAGGGAGCAGGUCAAGCAGUUCCUGUCCCAGGGCGGUUACUACGGCUCGGGGAAGCAGCUCAACUCCAUGUUCGCUAAGGUGCGGGAGAUGUUGAGGAUGCGAGACUCUAACGGGGCCAGGAUGCUGACGCUCAUCACGGAGCAGUUCAUGGCCGACCCACGCCUGUCGCUAUGGAGACAGCAGGGCACGGGCAUGACAGACAAGUGCCGGCAGCUCUGGGAUGAACUGGGUGCGCUGUGGGUGUGUGUGGUGCUGAACCCUCACUGUAAGAGCGAGGAGAAGAGCGGCUGGCUGAGGCAGCUGAAGAGGUGGGGCGACAUGGACAUCUGCCCCCUUGAGGACGGCAACUAUGGCAGUGAGUUGCCCAACAUUACCAACGCCCUACCACAGAGCAACCUGGCACAGGACUCGCUAGCGAGGCCCAGGAGGACGGUGUUCACGCGGGCCAUGGAGGCGUGCGACCUGCACUGGCAGGACAGCCACCUGCAGAGGAUCAUCAGCAGUGACUUCUACAUGUCCCCAGCCUACCAGAGGGAGGGGGAGAGCCUGCUCUUCAACCCCCAGGGACUGCCCCUCUGGCUGGAUCAUGUCCCCACCGCAUGCGCUCGGGUCGAUGCCCUACGUUCCCAUGGUUACCCCCGCGAGGCGCUGCGCCUGGCGGUGGCCAUCAUUAACACGCUCCGCCUCCAGCAGCAGAGACAGAUGGACAUCUACAAGCACCAGAAGAAAGAGCUCCUCCAGAGGGGUCUCACUUCCACCACCAACCUGGAGGGCUGGGUGGGUCACCCCCUGGACCCCAUCGGCUGCCUGUUCGUCACCCUGACGGAGACCUGCCGCCUGGACGACGACAGCGCCAUGGACACUGGAGACUCAGGAGAGCCCAAGCCCCCUAUCUACCACCACGUGCCCGUGUGGGGCUGCCCUGACGGCGGGGAGUCCUACCUGGCGCUAGCCCUGGAGGUGGCGCUCAUGGGCAUGGGCCAGCAGAGGCUCAUGCCCGAGGGCCUGUAUGCCCAGGACAAGGUGUGUCGCAACGAGGAGCAGAUCGUAGCCAAGCUGCAGGAGAUGGAGCUGGACGAGCUUCUGGUCCAGACCCUCCGCAAGCAGGCCAUCCUCCUCCUGGAAGGGGGUCCGUUCAGUGGCUUGGGCGAGGUCAUCCACAGGGAGAGUGUGCCCAUGCACACUUUUGCCAAGUACCUGUUCUCUGCCCUGCUGCCCCACGACGCCGACCUGGCCUACAAGCUGGCCCUGAGAGCCAUGAGGCUGCCAGUGCUGGAGUCGUCGGGCCCCUCAGGGGACAUGGGGCACCCCCACCAUGGCAUCUCCAUUGUGCCCAGCCGCUACCCUCGCUGGUUCACCCUGGGGCACCUGGAGUCCCAGCAGUGUGAGCUGGCCUCCACCAUGCUCACCGCAGCCAAAGGUGACAUGUUGAGGUUGAGGACCGUCCUGGAGGCCAUCCAGAAGAACAUCCACUCCUCCUCGCUCAUCUUCAAACUGGCCCAGGACGCUUUCAAGAUCGCCACCCCUGCAGACAACCCCCCAGACAUCACACUGCUCAAUGUAGCCCUGGAGCUGGGCCUGCAGGUGAUGAGGAUGACCCUGUCCACCCUGAACUGGAGACGGAGGGAGAUGGUGCGCUGGCUGGUCACCUGUGCCACCGAGGUGGGCCUGCGGGCGCUGGUCAGCAUCCUGCAGGGCUGGUACACCCUCUUCACCCCCACCGAGGCCACCAGCAUCGUGGCGGCCACCGUCAUGUCCCACACCACCAUCCUGCGCCUCAGCCUGGACUACCCCCAGAGAGAGGAGCUGGCCAGCUGUGCCCGCACCCUUGCCCUUCAGUGCGCCAUGAAGGACCCGCAGAACUGCGCCCUCUCCGCCCUCACGCUCUGCGAGAAGGACCACAUCGCCUUCGAGACGGCCUACCAGAUCGUCAUCGACGCCGCCUCCACCGGCAUGACGUACUCGCAGCUGUUCACCAUCGCCCGCUACAUGGAGCACCGCGGCUACCCGCUGCGGGCCUUCAAGCUGGCGUCGCUCGCCAUGACGCACCUGAACCUGGCCUACAACCAGGACACGCACCCGGCCAUCAACGACGUCCUGUGGGCGUGCGCGCUCAGCCACUCGCUCGGCAAGAACGAGCUGGCCGCCAUCAUCCCCCUGGUGGUGAAGAGCGUGCACUGCGCCACCGUGCUCUCCGACAUCCUGAGGCGCUGCACCAUGACGGCGCCGGGCCUGGCCGGCAUCCCCGGGCGACGGAACUCGGGCAAGCUGAUGUCGACGGACAAGGCGCCCCUGCGCCAGCUGCUGGACGCCACCAUCAGCGCCUACAUCAACACCACGCACUCCCGGCUCACGCACAUCAGCCCGCGUCACUACGGCGAGUUCAUCGAGUUUCUCAGCAAAGCCAGGGAGACCUUCCUGUUGGCACAAGACGGGCACAUCCAGUUCGCCCAGUUCAUAGACAACCUCAAACAGAUCUACAAGGGCAAGAAGAAACUGAUGAUGUUGGUACGGGAGCGAUUUGGCUGACCCGGACUAAAACCUCACAGCCUUGACAUGUAGGCGGACUAGUAGGGAAAAUACUUUCACCUGACUUUAAUACUCAGUUUUAUUAUUUAAGUUUUUUGUUCUUUUGUCUUUUUUUUGGGCAAAGUCUUACUGUUUGUCUGUUUGUUAUGUUGCUUUGUUUCUUCUUGUGAGCAAAAAAAAAAUGUUCACCACAACUUGUAUUUAGUCUAAGAAAGAAGACAAGAGAUGAUAAAAACAUGGAGGUGGCACAUAUGGAUGAAACCAAAUGACAAACGUGGGAACUUUGAACCAGGGCAUGCUUUCUGCUGUGGUUGAGCUUCAUUGUUUUGAAGGAGAGAAACUUCAUUCCAAAAACACUGACACACACACACACACACUUACACAGUGUUACUGUCAUACCUCGGUCACACGCAGAGGGUCAGCUUUAAGUGAGACUAACGAGGUCUCGGGUUCGGGACAGUCUAGUGUGGACCAGGCAGAGGUCGAGCUAGCACGUGUCCCCCCCCCCACCCCCCCGACCUCCUCAACCACCCUCCCACUGGCACAUAGACUCCCACACCUCAGUCCCCCAGCGCUGCCACUCACCUCUCCUCCACCUCCCCUGGGUGUAUGUCAAACUAAAUGACCACUUUGUGGCUUCUGAACAGUGUUUGUAAUAUAUCCCAGAGCAAUAGAUUUGGGCAGUUUUGGCUAAUCUGGGAGUGGUAAUCCACCGUGUGGGUCUGGCAUUGUGAUGUCUGCUGUCGUCUGGGUUUUUAGGUUUUCAGCAUAAAGUUGAAAUAUCAUAGCUGAAAAAAACGUCGUCUUUUUGAAAUCCAGAUGUGUAUUAAUCUAUACCUGUAGACAAUAUAGCUGACGUCGCUGUGUCACUACACCUGAGCUUACCUGACUCAGCCUCACCCUGAGGCAGUGUCUCAGGGGUUACAGCUUGACCUAGAGCAUUAGUACUAUUAUUAUACAAGCACUUCAACAACAUGGACCUCCUCUAUAUACAUUCUGUCUUGCUUGAGCAAUUAUUUAUCAAAAGUUAAGAACUGUGUGUGAACAAGUUAGAAACAUGUACACACACACACACACACACACACACACACGUUAGUAUAUUUACGAUACAGGCAAUAUAGAUGGAGAGUCUGGGGGUGAACUCGUCUUGGCAAGGAAAACCGUUCCAUGUUUGCUUCAACAUUCCACGAGAGCUAGUGAGCUUCACUCCACCAAGAUAGUCUCGAUAGCGGCCUGAGAGUUAUCAGACCCUCCAUUAGGAACAAUACCACAAUUAAGAAUGAAAAGACAAAUACGACUGAAAGAAAGAACGCGAAGAGAAAAGAGAUGCUAAACUCAGUUCUCAGGGAAAUCACAUAAAGAAACAAAACAAAAAGUAGUAGCAUUAAGCAUUUAAGAUAUUGUAAAUAUGAAAGUGUCAAUUCAGAAAAUUGUAAAGUUAUAAUUAUUUAUCAUAACUGUAUGUUUUUUUGUUCAGUUUUUUGGGAUACUUGAAUAUGUUGUGGUGGGCUGGGAAUGUGAGACGCAAAGAGGAAGACAUUUCUCAGGUGCUCCUAUGUACAUCUCUCUGAUUUUUUUCUAUAAUUAUUAUAAUUAUCAUUAUUUGUAUGUUUUACUGCUUAGAAUUUUUGCAAAGUGUUUUCUAAGAGGAAGCAUGUUAUUUGGAGAUUAGAUUAAAAAAAAGGCUUAAAGUUGUGAAUGGGAAUGAAACCAGUCUAUGCAGCUCCACUUGAAGGUUUGGUCCACUUUCGCCCCCCCCCCCCCCCCCCCCCCCCCCCCCCAAGGAGACAUGUAGGAACACUCUAGUUCUGUCACUAGAGUAAUGGGACUGUCAAGAGGGCCGCAGCAUGUUGGUGUAUCAUGUAUGUUGCCAGUCUACAUAUGCUGCAUUUUGGGGUGACAGAACUUUGCCUUUUUGUGAUCGAUAAAAAAAAGAAAAAGAACAACAACAAAAGACAAAAGACAGCAAAAACAUAUUUUCUUUCGGACUCAAGCCUUUAGUGUCUUCUCACAAAACUGGUGUCAGGACAGGGCCUGGCGCUUUAACAAGUGUAUAAGUGAGAUCCUCAGUCUAAAUACGAACAACAAACAAGAAAACAAAUACAGUAGCCCACGGUGGUCAAUAGGGGAGCUAGCAGAGAGUGAUUAACGAGGACCAGUGUGUGUUCCCUGUGUCCUCUCGUUUUGUUUAUCGCUUAAAUCCGUUGUGUUGACAUGAAAAGCUUUGUUCCGAGUGAGCUGGCUGCUCCAGUGUGGUUUCUGCUGUUGAGUUCGACUGUUCCUCCCCACCGCUGGUCUUUCCCCACCUUACUCCCUUCUCCCCUUUCAUACUUCGGCCAUAUGACUCUGCCGACUACCCUGUUACAUGUAACAGUCAGCCAACCAGUCAGCCGGCCAGCCUGUCAGUCUAACGGUUCUGUGAUGGCAGCAACAACCUAUGUUGACAACCACCCAGUCCUGUCUCACCAUCCCAUGCUACUGCUUUAGUUCCAAGGGAAGGACAGAACACACCACAUGUCUGUCUGAGAGGCAUGCCUGCUGUUGAUCGUGACAGGCUGAUGGGACUGUCCUGGCUUCAGUGCUUUUUACAGGCUGCAUUCAAAACAGACAUUAGGUCUCGCUGUCCGUUAGUGCAGCAGCAUCACACAACAAACUGAAAUUAACCACAGGAAUUUUCUUUCUCUCCCUCCUGUACUCUAAAUGUCUAUGUGUUAACUGUACCAGUGUUUUGACCUGUCCCUAGACGUUAGACAAAUAAUAAUCGCUGGUAGAGAUCGUUCACUAGUUCAUCUACUGUUUGGAUUUGCUUUUUGUUUUUUUAUUUUCUUAAUUUAAGGGAAAAGUGUUCGUUGCCUCUUUGUGCUACUGACUUAUAAAAGGUAUCCAGUAUUUGUUGCCACAGAAGUAUAGUUCAUCAUCAACACUUUUUUGUUUUGUUUGUGCGACCUCUUGAGCUAAUGUCUAUAAAAGGAAGAUUUAUGACUAUUUAUGUAACGAUACUACCAUUUUAUAUGAUUUGUGUUGGAAUCUCAGUGCUUUUCUAUGAAUAAAGUGUGAAACACGC